GUUAGGUGGCUCCGUGUCGUGAUUGCAAAGGAGACAACUGUAAAGAUAACAGCAUCUCUUACUGGGCGCAGAGACGUCCUAUAGCCAACUCACCAACAGACAGAGAAGACAGUGAUCAAGGGAUCAGUUGGUUAUGAAAUGGAUUGCAAUUUAGUUGGAUUCCUAAAGUUUCGCUUAUAUGAUUGAAUUGAAUGUAAAGAGCAGUGGUAACCUUAUAUUUGGAACUUCACAUCAGACGUUUCGAAUACAAAGCCAGCGUACCGGUGAGAUACGUUUGAUAACUAUGAGUGGUUUGCAAAGGAUAUGGACUGUAAUAAUUCGUUUUGAUACGUUUGAAAACGCGGUAGAGCCAUUCAUUUAGUGAUCAUUUCAAGUUCGCCGGUCAAGACCAAAACCUCUGGAAUUGUGUUUUAGAUGAGAAAUGGACUAAUAGCGAGUUUUGCCAAAAAUGACCCAAGCCUAACAGGGCUGGAGAUUAAGCAAAUAACAUAAUAUCUGCAAUAAUCAUUAGCUCUUGACAGCAACAUCUUUUGGAAUGCAAAAACUACAUGGACUGUUUUGGAUUACCGUAAUUUGUGCAUCAAUCAUCGUUCCAUGUGUAUUCCCAGUGGCGCAUAGUAGGAUCAUUACCGUGAUACUUGUGAAGUAGCCUAACCCUCUAAUUUUGCGCUCUGUAUUCAGGAACCACAAUUCCUUUCCAGCGUGCUUUGGAAUUACAGUCUCAAAAAUAGAAAAUGAGAAGAUAUAAUCUCACACUGGCUUGUUUAAUGGCUUGCAUACUUUCAAUCCGCGCUACCUUGGGGACAACGCGGGCGCGCAUAACCGGGGCAGAGACUCAAACCGUCACCCAGGAGUCGUGCGCAUCGUGUGGGUUGCCGGAGGCGUCAGAACGGGUGGACAUAGACCUUCUGGAGGCAGUUAAGAGGCACAUCUUGAACAGGUUACAAAUGAGAGAAAGACCCAACAUCACUCAUCCUAUUCCCAAGGCUGCAAUGGUAACAGCGCUGAGGAGGCUUCACGCCGGUAAGGUACGGGAAGACGGGAGGGUUGAGAUCCCCAACCUUGAUGGACAAGCUUCCUAUAGUAACGAGGUGCAAGGGGAGACGUCAGAGAUAAUCAGUUUUGCAGAAUCAGAUGAGCUGGCUUCAUCUCAAGCCUCUAAGUCCAGCCUCCACUUCCUCAUCUCCAGUGAAGGGAACCAGAACCUGCAUGUGUCUCAGGCCAACCUGUGGCUCUACUUCAGGCUGCUGCCCACCGGCUCCGAGAAAGGGCCUCGACGGAAAGUCACAGUUAAAAUCCACUACCAUGAAGCAGGAACUGGAGCUUCAGGUGGAGCCAGGGGAGGAACUGGGCCAGGGGCAGGGGGAGGAGGUCGGUGGACCCUACUGGAGAAGCGUGUGGACCUAAAGCGCAGCGGCUGGCACACCUUCCCUCUGUCAGAGGCAGUGAGGGCCCUGUUUGGUAAGGGCGGCCGGCGGCAGGACCUGGAGGUGCGUUGUGAGGGCUGUGAGGCAUUCAACGUGGUUCCUAUCUUAGUUGACCCAGCAGAACCCUCACACAGGCCCUUUCUGGUGGUCCGGGCACGACAGGUGGAAGGGAACCACCGCAUCAGGAAGAGGGGGCUGGAGUGUGACGGGAGCAGUGGAGGCCUGUGCUGCAGACGACAGUUCUACAUAGACUUUCGCCUCAUUGGCUGGAACGACUGGAUCAUCGCACCCGCAGGUUACUACGGUAACUACUGCGAGGGAAGCUGCCCGGCGUACAUGGCGGGGGUACCGGGGUCGGCGUCAUCGUUCCACACGGCGGUGGUCAACCAGUACCGGAUGAGGGGCAUGAGCCCCGGCUCGGUCAACUCCUGUUGUAUCCCCACCAAGCUCAGUACCAUGUCUAUGUUGUACUUCGACGAUGAGUACAACAUAGUAAAACGAGACGUGCCCAAUAUGAUAGUGGAAGAGUGUGGCUGUGCCUGAGUGUCUGUGACUUCUUAAACUUUGAAAGUUAAAUCAAACGACGAUAGUCAAAAUGUCUUGUACAAAAAUACCUUUUUGUAUGACACACAUAUAAAUAUAUAGUUAUAUGGAAGCACACCAACAGGUACACACAAACAAGAUGUAUUUAUGGUUUGUUGUAUUUAUCUGGCUGAGCGAGGCCAGGUUCUGUCCAUUCCAUAUUAAGAACUUAAGAACGGUUCCAGAGUUUUGGGAAGAGAAGGAAAUGGUUAAUCACCAAAUGAUAACAUUUUUCUAGUUUGCCAUUUCUAGAGGAAAAAUAAUGGUCCUUCAUCUCUUCUCUGAUGAAGAUGGAAAGAAAAGCGCUUAAGGAAGCAGCACACCAGGACAUUGACAAAACAAAAGCACUGACAAUGACAAUUCAUCAGCUUAUAUAAUUCAGAAACACCAGCACUUCCAUAAAGAAUGUCAUAAAGACACUGUGACUGUCUGAUCCUGUGGAAUUAAAACAUAAACUGUAUCAGCAAGCGCUUAUUAUUGAAUAAAGCUUUUCCAGGACUACACUCCUGUCCAAGUGAGGUAAUGACACAACAUUGACAUAUUGUUGUUGACAUUGGACCACGUUCCUUCCUCCCGCUUGUGUAAGUGUCUGUCUGUCUGUCUGUCUGUCUGUCUGUCUGUCUGUCUGUCUGUCUGUCUGUCUGUCUGUCUGUCUGUCUGUCUGUCUGUCUGUCUGUCUGUCUGUCUGUCUGUCUGUCUGUCUGUCUGUCUGUCUGUCUGUCUGUCUGUCUGUCUGUCUGUCUGUCUGUCUGUCUGUCCGUGACCAUGCUGCAAGCAAUCGCUCACUGAGUUCAAAGGUGAAGAUGGACCUUUGUGCAAACUGCACAACAUACACUUAAUCCUGAGAACAGAGAGUCCCCACUGCCCCUACUUGUUCUGAUAAAGUGGACCUCGAAGUGGUGAUGAGUUUUUUGUUUGGGCCCAACAGGGCAUGAUGUUGCAGUACAGCACUUGCAGACUAAACUCUUUAAAUGCACGCUCCCACUCCUAAUAGCACUUGCAUAUUGAAAUGCCUUCAAAGUGGUACUGAGUGUCCUGUCAUAAAUAAGUGCCACAUGAUCUAUGCAAUGUAUAGUAACCCACCCAUGCCCACCCAUACAACUGAACAUACCAGACUGAACUGAACUUUCUCCUCCUAUGCUAAUGUAACUCCUAUCAAAUACUUGAAAUGUGAUCUUUCGCUUCCGUUUUUUCAAAGCGAAUGAUUUUUAUGACAUUUGCACUGAAAAGUCGCGGGAUUAGUAAAUAAACAAACUGCCAUUGAAAAGUUAUUUUUAUAGAAGUAAAUUGACAUUUUUUGUUUAAUAAAGUAAUUUACCUACACAGCAAAUUCUCCAGUGUUAAAUCCACACUGAGAGUGUUAAAUUAACACUGACUGUGUUGGUCCAUAUCGGCACUGGAACCGUGUUAAAUUAACACACUGAUAAGUGUAAAGCCUAAUUUCCCAGAAUCCCUUGCCUUUUGAGUGAAUUAUAGAAUUACCACUCCUGACUGUCUUUGUUAGUUGACAGAGACAUGUUUGUUGCAUUCAUCCAUUUUCGGUCUUAUGGACUUCAGCAAGUGAGAUCCCGAGGGAAUAUUUGAUUAAAAUUGUAUUAUUUAACACAAUACAAGAAGUAUUUCAUAAGGCCUUAUUUUCAGGGACUACACUCUAAACAUAACAAUUAAAUCUAUGCAUGUUGAAUUAACACUUAUUGGUUUAUAAUAACACCCAGUGUUGGUGUUAAUAACCAGAGUUUUACCAAAACUAUGCUCAUCAUUAUUAUAUUUCCCAGCAUGUCUAUUGCAGGUUCAUUUUAAUAAUUGUUUGUUUCAAUAUCUAUGUUUUUGCAUGUACAUUAAUUGAUUGAUUAAUCCUAUGCUUCUCAAACAUAAAUGAGAUACAUUUUCUAAACUAAUUCAAUAUUUUACUUGGAUUUGUUGCACCUGUUACUGAAAUGGUUGUUCCAGUUUAGAUGCUUUAGGUAGUGUCAUAUUUCAGUCUUCCCAACCCUGGUAGCAUAUGAUAAAAAAUUCAGAACGUUGGAUAUCCCCACUCUGGCUAGAGUUCAAUCAGAAUUACACAGCAUUAUACAAGCCAGCAUAAUGUGACAGGUUGCAUGAAUAAGGCAAAACUGUUGGGUUGUUUGGAUUACCCAACAUGGGUUAAUUUAACCAUGAAUUUAGUUUUUAUUCACCUUCAUGCUGGGUUGACCAAACAGCUCUGUCUUUUUUUAUGUAAUCUAUCGGUUAUUUUCAGGAGGCGGGACUUAUUAAGGGCAUGGCUUUUAGAAAGCUAUUUUUGGCCAUGUGAGAUCAAAUGUAAUUCCUGUUGAUAAUGUAAGUUUGUACACUGCAAUGUAACAUUUCUAUAAAUAUUAUUGUACAUUACAUAUUCUAAUACAAAAAUAUUAACAUUAUGAAUUACAUAUAGCAAGAAAGUGUUAACUAUCCUAUUGGGGAAAUCACAUUUCUUUACGCUUCAUUAAAGCUACCAAAGUGUUAGUGUUCAACCAUAACAUGCAAUAACAAUUGAACAGAACAGAUUAACUGGAAUUACAUUUACUCUCAUGGGUGGCCAAAAAUAAAUUGCUGAAAGUCACGCCCCUAAAAAGCCAAGCCUCCAUGUCUUGUGAUCUGACCUGCUGGGUCAUAUCUCAAUAAACAAGUGUCAAUAAACCAACCUUGGUCUUAAUUAUUUUUAGAACAUAACUAAGUGACCCAAUGACUGCAACCCUGCCAUUGGUUCAUGCAAACAAGCCAGUAUUCUUUUGUUUAUGUCCUCAAAAUAAGGCCUCAUGAAAUACAUAUUGUAUUUUUUAAAUAAUUAUAUUUUAAUGGUGGUAUUUUAAUUUCGGAGUUCACUUGGUUAAGACCAUAGGACUGUAAGUGAAUGGAUGCAACAAGCUUGUCUGUCACUAACAAAUUCAGUCAUGGGUGGUAAACUCCACAAUUCACUCAAAAUGCUAAGCACUCUGGGAAAUAUGCAAAUCAAGCUUUACACUAAGCAGUGUGUUAAUUCAACACUGCUCAGUGUCUAUACGGGUCCACACUUUCAGUGUUAAUUUAACUCUGGGGAAUUUGCUGUGUAAUAAUGGAACCAAAGAGGCCAAGAUUAUUUUAGCUUGAUCAUAAGAGGCCUAAUCUACGUAUCAGGGUACACUAUGAUGAUUCCAUUUCUUAGUUCUAUUAUUUCCUUUCUCUAUCUAUUUUGUACAAUAAACAUGUGGAACACUUAAUUUUUCAUCUUUAAUUCUAUUUUUUCAGUUUUUCUAUUUAAUAAAAAUAUAUUUUUA